AUGUUGGUGAAUAUUGCAUUGACUACACGAGAAAUGUAUGUCAUCAAUGGAGCAACUUUAAAUAUCAACUCGGAAGUCACUCUACCAACGUCACAAUCUGGGUUCGAAUUUGAUACCAAUCUCACUAAUGUUCCAAGUGUCACUCGCCAAAUUUACUUUGGAAAAGACGCGAAAAUCAAUUUACUGGAAAAUGCAUACUUUACCAUUCAAGGCCCAACUACCAAAGACCAAAUCACUAACAAAUUUGAUGCAACAUAUAACAAAAUGACACUUGAUGAGUGUACUGUCACGCUUGAGGCUGAUUACAUUGGAAAAGUCACAAAGAAUUAUCCGAAUGUCGUGUUUAACUUCGAAGUGAUUGGAGAAGUGCUUAUCAAUAAGGCAACAGUGAUGUACAAAGACAAAGAUCCAAGCAAUAAGAAUGUUACUUUCAUAUUGAACAACGAUGUUUCACAUAUAACAACAACUGAAUUUAGUACAAAAAAUGUUAUUGAUGAUCAGAACUACGCACUCAUUGUUGGACAGUCAAAUGCCGUCUUGGACAAAACUGCAAUUCCGGAAUUGUCAUGUGAUCUGACAUCAGAGUUCUCUGGUAAAGUCUCAUCUGAAACGAAAUGGAAGAGAAGUCAGUGCCCAUGCAAUGGAGAGACGUGUAUAGUCAACACUGAAUCAGUGGUCAACACAGUUAACUAUGAAGUUACCAACAUCACUUUUGCAAAGUAUUACACGACAAACGGAUUGUUGGAAGGAACAUCUGCAAACAUCAGUGAGUUGAUUUCGCUUGGUGGAACCACUGAAGUCAAAGUGACAAACUCGAAUAUAGAAAUGGUAACAAUGGAAAAGAAGGGAAUUAUCUCAUUCACGAAACCAAUGAAGGUCCCAAUAAUCAAUGGAUUAGAAGAUUCUGGAACAAUUGAUGUGAAGACGCACUCGUUGACAACAAAAAGUAUCACAAAUGUCGACUUGUCUAUUUCAACUGUCGCUGCGAGUGGGAGACUCGACAUCUACUCUUCGAAAAUCAUAUUCGAUGAUAAGACCAAUUUCAACGUAAAAGUCGAAGCUGGACAACCCGCUUUAAUUUCAGUUGAUGACGACGCACUUGGUGACACACUAUCUAUCACAAAUGCACACUACAAAGUCACGAUACCAAGUGGGUCAAGUGGAAAGAUAUUCACUGUUCUUCGUGUGUCGUCUCCAAUAAACACAGCAAACUUUGAGUUCACAGAAGACUCGACAACACCAGGUGGAAGUGUGAAAACACAACUCAAAAGUGGAACAUUUUCAUUCAAAGAAGCGUGCAAUGGCGUUGUAUUGACCGACUUGCCAAAUGAACAGAUCACGUGUCCAGAAGAUAGAAUGGCCCGUGUUGUGGAGAAGUUUGAGUUCCCAAUGUACAUGAUAGCCGUCAUUAUUAUCUUUGUGUUGGUACUUGCUGUCAUUGUUGCACUUUUGAUUGCUUAUGUCGUCCACGUCUAUAUUGUUAGAAAAAGGAACAUGAAAGUCUUUGAAGAAGGUGAAGAGAUCGCUGUUGAUGAGAAUAAGCAGGAUGAGGAAAUCAAAAACGAAGAUAACAAGCCAAUGAACAAUGAAGUAAAAAGGGAAAAUGUUAUAGCUCCAGUAUAUUCUGAAGUUCCACUUGGAAAUGAUCAGAAGACAACAAGUGUACUCGGCAAGACGUCGGAAUCUGGUUCUGGAAGUAGUUCUGGCUCAAAGAAAGACUAA